GACAACAAUAAUAACAGGAGAGAGAACGCGACCGAACCCUAUAGUUGCGGCCGCCAAUCAAAUCAUAACCAGUGGCACGGCAGACGCAUAUAAUCAAUUAUGCAGAUUCGCUUCGGCGAUCGUGGCGAGGGGGACGUUCGCCGUGUUGGUGUGCAGCAAACUCCCGUAUUUCCGGUCCCGAUUAAUAUUGCCCGGAGCAGCAGCGAUUUUGAUCUUCGGAGGCCCGUAAGGGAGUCCGUGUUUACGUUCCGUGCAUCGGUGGCCCUCUUUCCGCUCGUCUUCAGCAUCUCCGCCGCGCGUCGACCGCGUCCGCUGCGCUUUCAUGAAUCGUCUGGAUUUUCUUUGACCAACACAGAACAUGGGGAGCGUGUGUAUAAAACGUCUCGCGGACGGUGUGGUGCAACGACGAGGAGAGAGAGGAGCCAGCCAGAUGGGCGAGAGAGAAAAGAAGAGCUCAGGGCGAUCUGUAAACCACAUUGUUCUGUGUGCGUCGCGUGCGUGUCACGUAGUCAAUCCCGCGUGCAUGUGUGAGUAAUGUUUUUGCUCGAGGGGAAAUGGUACCGCGUGUGUGGUCCUGCCUCGUGCCCCCUGCGCCCCUUUCUGAUGGCACAUCGCCGUAUCCUAGCAACGUAGAACGCUACGCUGAUUCAGCCAAUCACGAAUAAGUUCUGAUCGCUUCGGCCAAACUCGGCUUGGUUCGCCUACGUCAUCGGUACCAGCAGUGACGUACCUCUAUACCGCGAAAAUUAUGAUAACACCAUACACUGGAAUCAAUUUAUUUCUUUAACGAUUUUUAUUUUAUCGUUGUUAUAUAUUAUAAUAUAUUAUUAUACAUCAAUCGUAUUAAAUGAAUCUUUGAGAUUCUUGUUAUUGUAAAGAGCAAACGGAGUCAAUUUACAACUGUGUAACUAGGAAUAAAAUAGGAUGCUCGUUGCUUUAAAAAAAUAUGCAAUUAUCUAGAAAACCAGAUAUAGAAUUGCUAUUCUAUUGUGUAACAAGUGGAUGUAUAAUAAACGUAUUGAGUGUCAAAUUCGGUUCGUUUCAUUUGUCAGAAAAAUAGAUUUAAAAAUAUAUUGCAUUAUCUUAUCAAGGUAUUGCAACUGAAUACUUGCCAAUCGAGGUUCGUAUUUCUCCGAACGGGUGAAGUUUAUUUAAAAGCGACCGUGGAAUUACGGUCCUGAAUGUUUGUGCAGCUCCGAUCUCGGGCGAGUGGCUUCAUUGGAGGGGGGCCGUCAACUAUGGCCGGCGCAGAAGGCAGGCCACGGAAGAAAUGUGGCACCGCGUUUCGCUUAGUACGGACUUAGACUGCUCUAAGUGGCAGUCGUGCACGCCGGUGUCCGAACACGAGGACGACGUCGACGUCGUCGUUACAGAACGCGUGACAGAGGGUUACUUACUGAACUUCGGCGAGAGAUCCCAGCUGCCGUCCCUGGACCGUGAAACGCUCUCGUCCUCUCACAUUGCCUACGCCUCCGUGCGUAAAUCGGAUGCUAGUUAUUGCCGCGCUUAUACGAACCCGGUAGCCGCGGCGGAUCUACUCAGGUGUUGUGCGGAUGCUCGAACGAGGUCUAAUCGUGUCAAGUGACAGCGAUCGUGACAGUGACACUGAGAGGAGUGCGCGUGGACUACGGUGCCACGCUGGGUAUUCGUGUCGACGGAGGGACACAGUGAGAUUGAAUCGUUGUUAACGCUGGAUCGUACGCGUUUCGCACCCUUUCCGUGGUAUAAGAAGGAGGCACGUGUGCUCGCGCGAAAGCGAAAACGGUUCCCGCGGAAACAUCGGCGACGAUACACGUACAGCCGGUUGUCGCGUGAUACUUCAAAACAAGCGAGCUCGCGUGUGCGCCCUCGUGCUUCUCGGCGACACAUACCGUGAAUCCCGCGAGAGAGAAAAAGAGAGAGGCACUGCCGGGCGAGGGAGUAAGAGGAUACCGCGGAUCCGAGCUGAAAAAGCGAAACGGUGGGUUAGAGAAAGAGGUGAAAAGAAGAGAACGGAUCGGCGAAGGGGGAGCUGUUCACGUAUAUUUACUCUUUUACGGUGGUACGAAGCUAACCUAAAAACCGAUUCUCUCUCCGUUUCGUCCGUAUACCAUCGAUGGGCACGAUGCACUACCCACGCAUGCGCAGGAGAAAUUGUGGUGUGUACCUCGUGCGCGAAUUUUGAUUACCGUGCCUCGCAUAUACGGUGUUAACGAAUUCACGCCGGAGUUGACAAGAGGAACCACCGUCCGAACCUGUGCUGUGACAAGUGUUUUUGGAGAGGCUGGCUCGUGCGAAAAUUAUCGUGCAACCGCGGUAACAAGUGUGAACCGAAGUGGAAUCGUUUAUCUUCGAUCUUUCCUUUUUCUUUCGUGUCCGUGUCUCUUGGUUCUUGUCCCGUUCUCGAGGUUCAUAUCGCGCACGCACGGCAACGGAACGGGGUGGCGAAGCGACCGGGAACAUCGAAACUGGAAAGAUAUACCUGCCGUUUGGUGGAGAGCAUUAUUAAAAAUAAUCAUACUGCGAAUCGUGCCGGGGCGAAUGUAUGACGGAUCAUGGUUUCUGCGUCCGGCCCCACAGGGAUCCUAGCGGGACGCCCUUCCGGUUCUCAGUGUCCGCACUCGUCGCAGAACGGAAAUUCCGCGAAGAGUCAUUGUGAAAAUGUUAAAAAUUCCACCGAGAACGCGAAACAACGACACGAGUCGGAUCUUUACAUCAGACCUAGUUGGACGGAUGCGGCGAUAGCGUUGGAUCAGCUUGAAAAGGGCAAGGCGGAAGGUCAGAGGUCUGCGGUGUGGAUCAGGGCAAGGCUGCAGGAUCAGCUGAGUCAGCUGGGCUACUUCCUGCAGAGGCACGCAGGCAAGGUCCUCUUCCUCGCGAUCGUCGCUUUGGCUACGUUCUGCGUCGCCCUCAAGUCCGCUCAGGUUCACAGCAAGGUCGAACAGCUCUGGGUUCAAGAAGGUGGAAGGUUGCAAAAAGAGCUGACCUACGCCUCGGAAGCGCUGGGUGAAGCGGCCGCCUCGACGCAUCAGCUCGUGAUCCAAAUGCCGAGGCAUUCCGGAGCGAAUAUUUUGCACCCUGCCGCACUCAAGGAACAUUUAGCGAUCCUGAAGGCGGCGACGCAGGUCACCGUACACCUGUUCGACAUCACGUGGAAGCUGAAAGACAUGUGUUACGCGCUGAACAUACCCAACUUCGACAUGCACUACAUCGACCAGAUAUUUGAUAGUAUAAUACCGUGCGCCAUCAUUACACCUCUCGACUGUUUCUGGGAAGGUAGCAAACUCCUGGGACCAGAGUAUCCCGUGCACAUACCCGGUACGCAGUCGCACAAGCCGGUGCAGUGGACGAAUCUGAACCCGUCGGGCAUGCUGGACGAGAUGAAGAAACUGCAGUUCAUGUUCCCUUUCAAAAUCCUGGAGGACUACAUGAAGAGGGCCGGGAUAACGAACGGUUACCAAAGCAAGCCCUGCCUUGACCCGACGGACCCGGAGUGUCCCGAAACUGCGCCGAAUAAAAAAUCGCAGCAAGUACCAGACAUCGGAGCCGAGUUAACCGGUGGCUGUUACGGUUUCGCGGCGAAAUACAUGCACUGGCCCGAAGAGCUGCUCGUCGGUGGUGCUAAGCACAAUAAGACCGGUCACUUGACCCGGGCAGCUGCGCUGCAGACCGUCGUGCAGCUGAUGGGAGAGCGAGAACUUUACGAUUUUUUCGCGGGCACCUACAAGGUACACCACAUCGACUGGUCCCAGGAGAAGGCGGCCCAAGUGCUGGAAACCUGGCAACGAGCGUUCAGCAAUCAAGUGAAGAAACAUUUGGACACGAACGGAUCGGCCCCGUACAAUUUAUACGCGUUCAGUACGACCACUAUGAACGAUAUCCUUGGGAAGUACAGCGAGGUGCCCGUUAUGAAAAUCGCUAUUGGCUGCGCACUAAUGGUACUGUACGCAGGUAUAGUCCUGCUGCGAUGGAAAGAUCCAGUGCGCUCGCAAGCUGGCGUCGGUAUAGCCGGCGUGAUGCUAAUCUGCGCGACGGUGGCGGCGGGUUUGGGGUUCUGCGCCCUCUUAGGAAUCCCUUUUAACGCGGCGACUACCCAAAUCGUUCCGUUCCUAGCAUUGGGCCUCGGCGUUCACGACAUGUUCCUAUUAACGCACACGUACGCCGAACUCUCGGUGAACGAAGUGCCCAGCGGAGAGCAGACGGGAGUCGUUCUGAAGAGAACCGGCUUAUCCGUCCUCCUGGCAGGAAUCUGCAACGUAUCCGCUUUCUUCGCCGCUGCGAUAAUCCCGAUUCCCGCGCUCAGAGUCUUCUGUUUGCAAGCUGGCAUACUAUUGCUGUUCAACCUCGCCGCUAUGCUGCUGGUUUUCCCUGCGAUGGUCAGCCUUGAUCUGAGGAGACGUCGUUCCGGUCGUUCAGACAUUUUGUGUUGUUGCCUGCCGUCGAACGCUGGGAGGAACAGGUACGCGAGUAGAACGGGCAACGGCACUGCUAAACAAACGGUAACGAGGGCGAUUCCACCUGAGCGUCGCGAGACUUGCACGCAAAUCUUGACGUCGCAGAACGCACAGAACGAGUCCUGGGUCGGCGGUAACAUCGAAGUGGACUCGGAUAAACAGUGCAGCGAGGAGGAUACUCUAACGGGAUGCAGCCAAGACGAUUGUCUCAGUUUCUCACUGACGCAAAUGGCCGCGAGGCAUUACGCUCCGUUUGUUACGAGACCAGCGACGAAGGUGUUCGGUAUGAUGAUCCUAAUCGCGGUGCUGGUCGGCAGUGUCUGGCAAGCUGUAAGAGUGAACGACGGGCUGGAGUUGACUGACCUGGUCCCGCAGAAUUCGAACGAGCACGCUUUCUUAGCCGCGCAAGCGAAACACUUCGGUUUCUAUAAUAUGUACGCCGUUACCCAGAGGGAAUUCGAGUAUCCUAACAAUCAAAAAUUGCUGUACGAAUUCCACGAAGCUUUCAUGAGGAUAAAGAACGUGAUAAAAAAUGAUAACGGCGGUUUGCCCGAGUUUUGGUUGAGCCUGUUCCGAGACUGGCUUAAAGGAUUGCAGAAUGCUUUCGAUAAAGAUUAUAGUAGCGGUUGCAUUACUCAGGAGAGGUGGUACAAGAACGCCAGUGACGAGGCGAUAUUGGCUUACAAACUAUUAGUUCAAACUGGCCACGUUGACAAUCCUAUCGAUAAGUCGCUGGUCACUCAAGUCAGACUCGUCGAUUCCGAGGGGAUCAUCAAUCCGCGAGCUUUUUAUAAUUAUUUGAGCGCGUGGGUGUCGAACGACAUGCUGGCUUACGGUGCCUCCCAGGCGAAUUUAAGGCCUGAGCCGAGGCAGUGGAUUUAUACCAACGAUCACGAGCUGAAAAUUCCAAAGAGCAUGCCAUUGACAUACGCGCAAAUGCCGUUUUAUUUGCAUAAGCUUACGGACACGAAAGAGAUCACCGAGCUAAUCGGCAGCGUUAGAAAAUUAUGCAAGAAAUUCGAAGAGCGAGGCCUUCCAAAUUUUCCUUCCGGUAUUCCUUUCCUCUUUUGGGAACAGUACAUGGAUUUGAGAAAUUGUUUGGGUAUCGCUCUGCUAGCUGCUUUAACGGCCAGCGUUGCUGUCGUCGGAAUAUUGUUGCUGAAUUUUUGGGCAGCAGUGUUGGUCGGAACAUCUCUCGCUGCCGUCGUUCUACAGCUGCUUGGGAUCAUGGGCCUCUGCGAUAUAAAACUUAGCGCCGUUCCGGCUGUUCUUCUGGUGGUUAGCGUAGGAAUUGCCGUACACUUUACAGUGCACAUUUGUCUGAGUUUUGUUACGAGUAUUGGAAGCAGGGAUCGGAGGAUUCGUUUAGCUCUGGAACACAUGUAUGCCCCCGUGAUUCAUGGAGCGUUGACGACUCUGCUGGCAGUCGUGAUGCUAGCCUUCUCGGAGUUCGACUUCAUCGUUCGAUAUUUCUUCCUGGUGUUGUUGUGUCUUAUCGGGAUCGGUCUGAUAAACGGACUGUUCUUCUUCCCGAUUUUACUGUCCCUGAUCGGACCAUCUCCAGAGGUGAUACCGAACGACCAUCCGGAUCGUAUUUCGACGCCGACACCGCCUGCCUCGCCGAUCGUCAGGAGAUCGAAACCGCCGGCGCCUCCCAGGAGAUCGUACAAAAUUGAUAACGCUAGAUUGCAUGCUGAACCCUCUUUGACUACGAUCACCGAGGAGCCCAACUCGUGGCACAGCACGCAAGAGUCCUGUAUCAUCGUACAACCGGAAUUGAAGGUCGAGACGACGUCAACUUGCGGUAAUCAGAACUGUAGCGGAUCAGAUACAAGCGGGUCUAGUCGAAUGUCACCAGUGACGUCCACGUCUCAUAUCACUACUAAGGUUACUGCCACAGCUAAUAUAAAGGUCGAAGUUCAUACACCGUUAACCAUAGGCACAGUGGAUCGUAGCGAGAAAUGCAGGCACACGACCUCCACUAGCCGAAGGAGCUCGCGCUGCAGUGCGAACGUUAAUGCUGGGGAGUCUUCCGGUUCCAGUUCUGAACCGGAUUCAGACUCUAACCCAAACAAACACUAAUAAUAAGUACCGGGAGGACCGGCAGCUACUGCUCAAAUACCAUGCAAAGCGGGAACACACAGAAGGCUGACUAGGAUAGAUUUAUAUAGUUUCCUUUCCUCUAUCUCUUUUUAGUAAAAAAGAAAAAAACGCGUAGCGAUGCGCGAGUAACGAAAAGCGUUACGACAAACUGACUUUAUUCGCGUUCCUUUUUUUUUUGUCUUAACAUGACACGUUUUAGUUUCCUGAACCGUACUUAGAUCGUACGAAGUCCGUUCACUGCCUUUUCAUAUUAACGAAGAAACAGAGUUUGCGGAUGAAUUUCGAAUAACGUUCAGAGUUAAUCGCGUGCUCUCGCAUCGCUAACAAUGCAACGUGCUUGUCCUCUUUGAAUCGAAGAGCUAAAAGUAUUAUAUCUCAGAAACAUCGAUUUUAAUACUCACUCACUGAAUCGAUCACGUGCGGUGAUACGUUGUAUAUUGUAUAAGUAUUCUCAAAGACGCAUUUAUAUUUCGUGUUUUGUUCAUUGAACGCGAGGCACGCGUACGAAUCUAACGUAUCCGCGGUUUAUUUUACGCGUGUUAAAUGUGUGAAUAGUUUAUUGAGAUGAAUCCGAUGGUAUUUUUUAACGAAUAGACUUGAGAGAGCACGUCGAGGAAAAUGCUUUACUACGCUCUGUGGUAUACGACGGUUUCCAUGAAACUAAAAGGAUAUUAUUUUACGAGGUAGGCAAAUUUUUGUUUUUACGACUGCGUAAUUAUUAACGGCGAAGGCUAACAGAAAGAAAAGCAAUAAUGCGUUUCAUGCGCCUGUAACUGUUUUCCUAAUGACUCUUCCUAUAAAGUCCACUACGCGCGAUGAACGUGUACGUAGGUAACGUAUUUUUGGAAAAAUGUUUAGUCGAAAAUGUGCGCCACUUUUUCGAGAUGUUUUCUCUUUUAUAAGAUACAAAUAGUAUUAUUAUACACACGAUGCGUGCACCGAGAUUGUCGCGGACAAUAACGCACGAUCCUUCUUUAUAGAACGAUUAUAAAGUACACUUUGUAUAAGAGACCAUUGAUACCCACGUUUUUGGGUAAUUAAAUGGCCGGGCGUUCGUGGAUUACGUUUACGUAAUGUUGUUAGGGACGACUUCUGAUUUAGAAGUGAUUACGAGCAGUGUAGUCUUUUCAUUCGCGACAUUCUUGCAAACUCACCUACAACGCGGUGCCUUAAGAGAAAUAUGAAAAAAACGAUAAUUAAAAAAAAAGAAGAAUCUCGAGGAACUACUAUUUAUUUUAUCUAAGCGGUAACAGUUAACGUGGCAGUGUGUAUGUAUAUGACAUCGAGCGAUAUAUUAAAACUAAAAUCUAUUUAUUAUUUAUUUCUACGUCCUCACUUUGAUAUCGUAUCAUCGACUAUUUAAAGCGAUUCGUUUUGUACAAUGUCUUUUAUCUCGUAUGAUAAUUUGUAAAAAUGCACUUGAUUAUUUAUGUCGCUCUUUAUAUAUUAAUAUUUUUAUAUAAAAUCGUUACUUAAUUUAAUAAAAAUAAGUCAAUCUCUAUCCGAUUCGUACCUCUAAUGUAUAAAUGUGUAAUAUAUUAUUCCGCAGUUUAAAUAUAUAUAGAGAGAUCUACGUUUACAAUUUUUCUCGAAUAGACAAUUUAUCGUCAGAAUUAUGUACAAUCAGAGGAAGUAUUUUUAAACGUGAAGUCAGACCUGUGAACGUAUACAGAACGCGGAUAACGUAUUUAAUGAGAAACAGAUGCUCUAUUGUAGGUGUAGAAUUUUUAUUGUGCAUAAAAAGGAAGGUUUUUCGUAAGGAGAAAAAUAGUCAGUGUACCUCCAAUUGCGUGCCCAAAGCAAAGUUAUAAAUCCUCUUCGAAUGCGAUAAUUAUCGUGUAAUGAAACUCUACGUGCCUUUCGUGGUAAUCGCGCCAUUAGAAACCGGUAGCUUUCCUGACUUUAAAAUUUAAUGGGAGGUGCAACAAUUACCUUACUACUACUUUUAAUAUCAUAGAAGCUAAUUAUUUUUAUAUAUUGAAUAUAGGAGCAAGUAAUUGUAUGAUUUAUAAUCGUCAUUUGUACAUAAAUAUAAUUAUAAUAUUGUAAAAGUUCAAAAUAUACUUAAUUCCUUCCUCCGCACUCCGGAAACCGUCUGCUAAACACUUGGAUUAUUUUUGCCAUUGGAGAAAUAAAUUUAUUGUCAUCUACUUAAUUUUUUUUUUUCUACUAAAAAGUUAGUUUAUUAGAACCCAGUAAAUUAACAAUGAUAUUACAAUACUUUCGUUCAUUAAGAAGAUUAAGCGCUAUACUUAGAAAUAUCGUUCAUUUUCAUAUCUGUCC